AUUUCCUCUCAUUUAAAAACCCUCGAGCCAUCAUCAUCAGUAGUAGAAGUGUAGCCUGAGGUAAAUAAGUGCCAAGAGAUGAUUGUUGCUCCCCCUCACCGUCACCAACUAAACUGAGGUCGACCUCCAUACCUCUAAACCGGACAAAGAAGGUGUUUUUGAGUUACACCGGGCGUUUGGAUGGUAUGGCUGAGUCGAACAGCGCGAGUUUUCCUCACACGACACCGAACGGGUCCAGUCGCCAUGAGAAGAGUUUGGGUCUCCUCACAGUCAAGUUCGUUACUCUGCUUCAGGAGGCCAAAGAUGGAGUGCUCGAUCUGAAAGUGGCUGCAGACAGUUUGGCAGUCAAACAGAAGAGGAGAAUCUACGACAUCACCAAUGUUCUGGAAGGCAUUGGACUCAUUGAAAAAAAGACCAAAAACACCAUUCAGUGGAAGGGGGAGAGUUCAGGCUGCCAGCCUCAGGAAGUUCUCGAGCAGGUGGAACUUCUCAAGGCAAAUAUUGCUGAUCUGGAGAUGCAAGAGAGAGAGCUGGACAUGCAAAAAGCAUGUCUGCAACAAAGUAUCAAACACCUGAAUGAAGACUCCUCCAGCUGCAGAUACAGCUAUGUGACGCAUGAGGACAUAUGUGAUGCGUUCGGUGGGGAUACUCUUCUAGCUGUCAUGGCACCAUCAGGGACACAACUGGAGGUCCCAGUGCCGGAGAUGGGCCACAAUGGUCAGAAGAAAUACCAGGUGAACCUGCGAAGUCACUCAGCUCCCAUCCAGGUGAUGCUGAUAAACAGAGAGACGAGCUGCUCCAAGCCUGUUGUUGUCUCCGUCCCACCUCUAGAUGACAUUUCUGCCAUGCCGACUCCUCCUAGUACCCCAGCAGGGCUGCAGAGAUUCCCCAUCUCCUCAGCCGAUCUCUGUGAUCUGAAGCGUGGGCCGCUCAAAAGCCCCGCUGCAGAGCACCAACUCACUCCGUCCUCCACGUCCCCCGAUAUACACAUGGAAUGCAACCCUGAGUCUCCUGCCAGUCAGUGUUUGUUGAUGCAGGGCUCUUUAGGUGGUUCUGAAGAACAGCAGAGGGAGAUGGGGGGUCAGGAUCUGCAGUCCAUGCUGGAAGAAAUGAGGGAUGAGAGAGAAGGUGUUUCUAACCUCAUUGAUGAACUGAUGUCUUCAGAUGUUUUCCCCUUGCUAAGACUUUCACCAAACACUGGUGUGGAUUACAAUUUCAACCUUGAUGACAACGAGGGAGUCUGUGACCUUUUUGAUGUGCAGAUUCUCAAUUAUUAAAGCAUGAUUCAUGCCACACCGGCUCACACUUGCAUUCAUGGACAAAAGCAAAGGUAAUGAGUCUCCCCCCCUCACUGCCAACGGCUGCAUUCCUGCCUCAGCGCCUGCUCCUUGAACCUUGGCUUGCACUCAGUUUCACAUUCAUUUACAUUUCAUCCUUGGCUUGAGUUGGCAAGUCUUUAACAGUGUUGUCCUUUCUGCCUUCAACCAUAACUAUUGUUUUAGAGGAAGGAGACAAGAAAAGAUAACCCCCUCCCACCUGAACUUUAGACACGCGAGUGCCGAUUGUUAUUUUGUUUCAUACAGUCAGUUUGUUUUCAGUUUUGUGACUUCACUCAUUGUUCCUGAUGAGUGAUGGUGUAAUUCAUAGAGGUGAAUGGAGGGCAGUUUUGAAUGCAAUCUGAGAAAUUAAAACCACCCAAACAUGACACACACAUAAGUUUUGGACAACAACACUUGUUGGAACGUGCCUUAAGAUAAUCUUUUUGUUCUUUGUUUUUGCCCUUUCUGUGUCUUAUUCUUUGAUACUUUAUAAAAAAGUUCUAAUUCUUUCUUAUUAAAACAUAUUGUAUGCAGGAGCUCUACGACGUGACAAAUGUAUAAUAUAAUUUAACAGCACACACAAAGACAUUGGAGUGGCUUGAUUAUUUGUGUGUCUAACUAUUUAAUCACAACACUAAUUAUUUGUAUGACGGUUGGUUUGUUUUGUAGUCUAUUGAUAGAAACACUGACACUCAACUGUGCAUAUUGAGGUUUUUUUUUUUUUUUUCAACUUGUCAGUUACAAUUUUGUUCACCAUGUUGUGAAAUGCUAAUUAGCUUUUUGUAUUUGUGUAGAGGCAAUCCCACCUAAUUUAAAAGGGGAAUGAAUAUAAUUUAUACUGUAGUGUUCUUGGUUUAGAGGACAUAAAGAUGUUAAACUGCCUUGGAUAAUCUUUGUUUAUACAUUCCACAAGGUUGUGCCUUAUGCAGGUUUUUUCUAUUAUUGUAAGUAACUUUAUUUUCUCUGUAUAGGUUUUCUAAUCAAAAGAGCAAUGUUUUUGUUCUGUUGCACUUUUUUUUUUUUUUUUUUAGCCAAAGUUUAUAUAUAUCUAUAUAUAAAAAAUAUUUGCUUUUGCUCAA